CAAUGGCGAACGAGACGAACUAAAGCUUGUCAUGAUCAGAUUCAUCUGGGUGCUCUGAGGAGUGGCUGAAACAUGGAAAAACAAGUCAACACAAAACAGGAAGACGGACUAAAGAGGCAAGGCUCAUUCCAUCAUGAGAGGCCUCCAUCACCUGCGCCCACUUGUGUGUCCAUGAAGAGUGACCGGUCAGAGGAUCGUGACAUAAACUUCAAACAUGAUGAGGGCACAGAUCGAUCAAGUGGCCAAAUGGAAGAAUGCAAAUCAGAUGCUGUCAGUGACCAGGGAGACCUCAAGCACAUAUUCCAGGUGCUUGAGGAGAAGAUAAUGGACUUUGUGAAGAAUGAGCUGAAGAGAUUCAAGAAGAUUCUGAGUCCAGAUUACCAAGAAAACGUUGAGGGUAAAGAGCAGGAUGAGAGUGAUGCCAGAGAAGGGGCUCUCAAGAUGACAAUGUACUUCCUGAGGAACAUGAAACAGAAUAAUAUUGCUGACAAACUGCAAGAAGUUGAACUUCCUGUAGUGUGGCAGACUGAGCUGAAGAGAAAUCUCAAGAACAAGUACCAGAGUGUGUUUGACGGAAUACCCAAGCAAGGGAGCUCUGCUCUGCUGGAAAAGAUCUACACAGAGGUCUAUAUCACAGAGGGAGGAAGUGGGAAAGUAAAUGAGGAGCAUGAAGUCAGGCAGAUUGAGUCCAUAUCCAAGAGAUCAGCUGGACAGGAGACACCAAUCAAAUGCAGAGACAUCUUCAAGCCCUUACCUGGCCAAGACAAACCAAUCAGAAGUGUCAUCACAAAGGGAGUAGCUGGAAUUGGCAAAACUGUCUCGGUUCAAAAGUACAUCCUGGACUGGGCUGAGGGGAAAGAAAACCAGGAUAUCCUCUUCAUAUUUCCACUGCCUUUUCGGGAGCUCAACAGAAUGAAAGACAAACAACUCUCUUUGAUGGAUCUUCUUCACAACUUUUUCUCAGAUAUUAAGCUGUUAUCUUUUCCUAGCCAGGGGAAGUACAAAGUGUUGUUCAUCUUUGAUGGUCUGGAUGAGUGUCGACUCCAACUAGACUUUCAGAAAAAUGAAAUUUUGACUAAAGUGACAGAGGUCACUUCAUUGGAUGUGCUGCUGACAAAUCUCAUCAAGGGGAAUCUGCUUCGCUCUGCUCUCAUUUGGAUCACCUGUCGACCAGCAGCAGCCAAUCAAAUCCCUCCUGACUGUGUUGACCGGGUCACAGAAGUACAAGGGUUCAGCGACCCUCAGAAAGAGGAGUACUUCAGGAAGAGGAUCAGUGAGAAGAAUCUUGCCAGCAAAGUUAUCACUCACAUAGAGACAUCAAGAAGCCUCCACAUUAUGUGCCACAUACCAGUGUUUUGCUGGAUUGCUGCUAAUGUUAUUGAAUUCCUUCUCAAGACUGAAGGAGGUAAGCAGGUUCCAAAGACUUUGACAGAGAUGUACACUUAUUUCCUUGUUUUUCAAACCAAGCAGAGGAGUCUGAAGUUUGAAGGAGUUUAUGACACAGAUCCACAGUGGAACCAGGCUAGUCUCCUUGCUCUUGGAAAGUUGGCCUACGAACAGCUGAAGAAGGGCAACCUGAUCUUUUAUGAAGACGACCUGAGAGAGAGUGGUAUUGAUGUCAGAGAGGCAGCAGUACACUGUGGCAUCUGCACACAGAUCUUUCAGGAAGAGUCAGGCCUUCAUCAGGAAAAGUUGUACUGCUUUGUGCAUCUGAGCAUCCAGGAGUACCUUGCAGCUUUGUACGUGAUCCUGAUGUUAAUAACUGAGGGGAAAGAUCUCAUGUCCCCACAGCAACCCCCCAGAAAAGUGUUUCAGCUUCUGAAAUGGCAAACAACGGGCAAACCCAUGACCACCUUACAAAAGAGUGCUGUGGACAAAGCAUUGGAACAUGAAGAUGGACGCUUUGAUCUUUUCCUCCGUUUUCUUCUUGGCCUCUCUCUGGAAUCCAACCAGAGACUCUUGAGUGGCCUGAUAAAGAAAGUACAACAUGAAAGCAAAGAGGAAAUAGUCAGCUACAUUAAGACAAAGAUCAUGGAGAUGCCAUCAUCAGAAAGAGUUAUCAACCUCUUCCACUGUCUGAAUGAAGUCAAUGAUCACUCCUUAGUGGGGGAGGUCCAGAGCUUCCUGAGUGCAGGGACACUUUCUGCAGCCAAACUCUCAUCCACCCAGUGGUCAGCUCUCGUGUUUGUGCUUCUGACAUCAGAAGAAAAGCUGGAUGUGUUUGACUUGAAGAAGUACAUCAGGUCUGAUGAAUGUCUCUUAAGGCUGCAGCCAGUAGUGGAGGAAUCCCAAAAGGCUCUGCUCAACAGUUGUGGGCUCACUGAGAGGAGCUGUGCAGGUCUGGCAUCUGUCCUCACCAAAGCAUCUUCAAAGCUGAAAAAUCUGGACCUCAGUGCCAACAGUAUUGGAGAUAUUGGGGUCCAAGAAUUGUGUAGUGGACUGGGUGACCCACACUGUACACUGGAGACACUCAGUCUGUCACACUGCAGUAUUGGAGAUGAAGGCUUCAGAGCUCUUGCAUCAGCACUGAGAUCAAACCCCUCACACAUGAGAGAGCUGCAGCUGAGUGGGAAUAAAGCAGGAGACUCAGGAGUGAAGCAUCUUUCUUCUCUUCUGGAGGAUCCCAACUGUAAACUGGAGAAACUGCACCUGGAUAACUGCAGUAUUGGAGAUGAAGGCUUCAGAGCUCUUGCAUCAGCACUGAGAUCAAACCCCUCACACAUGAGAGAGCUGCAGCUGAGUGGGAAUAAAGCAGGAGACUCAGGAGUGAAGCAUCUUUCUUCUCUUCUGGAGGAUCCCAACUUCAAACUGGAGAAACUACACCUGGAUAACUGCAGUAUUGGAGAUGAAGGCUUCAGAGCUCUUGCAUCAGCACUGAGAUCAAACCCCUCACACAUGAGAGAGCUGCAGCUGAGUGGGAAUAAAGCAGGAGACUCAGGAGUGAAGCAUCUUUCUUCUCUUCUGGAGGAUCCCAACUUCAAACUGGAGAAACUACACCUGUCACACUGCAGUAUUGGAGAUGAAGGCUUCAGAGCUCUUGCAUCAGCACUGAGAUCAAACCCCUCACACAUGAGAGAGCUGCAGCUGAGUGGGAAUAAAGCAGGAGACUCAGGAGUGAAGCAUCUUUCUUCUCUUCUGGAGGAUCCCAACUUCAAACUGGAGAAACUACAUCUGUCAGACUGCAGUAUUGGAGAUGAAGGCUUCAGAGCUCUUGCAUCAGCACUGAGAUCAAACCCCUCACACAUGAGAGAGCUGCAGCUGAGUGGGAAUAAAGCAGGAGACUCAGGAGUGAAGCAUCUUUCUUCUCUUCUGGAGGAUCCCAACUGUAAACUGGAGAAACUACAUCUGUCAGACUGCAGUAUUGGAGAUGAAGGCUUCAGAGCUCUUGCAUCAGCACUGAGAUCAAACCCCUCACACAUGAGAGAGCUGCAGCUGAGAUGGAAUAAAGCAGGAGACUCAGGAGUGAAGCAUCUUUCUUCUCUUCUGGAGGAUCCCAACUGUAAACUGGAGAAACUACAGUGAGUAUCACAAGACCAAAUACUGAGUUGAUAUCAGUGAAUUUGACACACACACACACACACACACACA